AAUCAUUUUAUACGCGCGACGGUGUUUGAGUGUUUGAACCUAUAUACAUAUAUAGAUGUACAAUUGUACAUAUUGCGGUUGUUCAUUAGAACCCUGAUGUCAUGUCGUUGUACAAACAAAGUGCAUGAAAAUAAUUGUGUGAAAGAUUUUCAAUUUUCUAGUUUGUCAUUGCCGUUCUGCCGAUGUGCAUACAUUCUACAUAUGUUUAAAGUGAAAAAUUGCGAUGACAUUAUAUCAAUGAUUUAAACAGAUAUUUGCAACACAAAAUUGGAAACAUUGAACGCGCGCGUAUUUCAUUUCCACGCCGCAAUUACAUUAAAUUGUGAAAAUUUAUGGUGAAUUUAUCGCUCAUUGCAACAGAAUUACUUCGGAAUUUGCAUUUUCUGCAUAAAUUGGUUUCAGGACCCGUUAUGGAUACAAAUGUUACGGCAAGUACAAGUAUUUGGCAGAAUCAUUGUAAUGGAAGUCCAUCGUCACAAUCAACAUCAGUACAACAAGCAACCGAUAUGGAACCAAUUCCACGCAAAAAAACCUGGUCAGAAUUAAAAGAGUCGGUCACCGAAUUGCGAAAACAAUUAUCAAGACUAUCCACGAUGGUGCCGAUGAACAUACAAUUUCGUAAAUUGAGCGAUGGACGUGUACGGAUUUAUUUUCUGGGUGCACCGCCCAACGGAUGGGAAACGACAUUACUUUGCACUGACAUUACGCCCAAUAUGUUGUCAUCAGAAUCAAACGAUGAUUUACACAAUCUGAGAUUACAUUGGCAAUUAUUGCUCGAGCCAUCAAUUCCCAAUUUGGCAUCGAAUAAUUCGUGUGUUAGAGCUUUUCAAUUGUUAUUGGAACGAAAACGACUGUCAACAUUUGGAAUAACAUCAUAUGAACUGCAUAAAAAAAGUGGUCGCAUGAUUUUUCCCGCAUCCAGCUCUCUAUUCCAAUGCCUUGACACCGGCUACAAUUCGAGUCCCUUGUAUCCAUCGGAGUUAGUGCAAUUACGUGGCGCUCUCGAUCCACAAAUUUGUCCAGAUAAUUCAGAAGUCGUGGCAUACAUUUCAUCGGGUGAUAUUUGGGUAAUAAACAUGGUUAGCGGACACAAUAUACGUUUAACAAAUGCACACGAUGAAAAUAAAUCGUUCAGUGAUAAUCCUCUCAGUGCUGGUGUUCCAUCGUAUGUAAUGCAAGAGGAAUUCAGUCGAUAUCAAGGUUUUUGGUGGCAACCGAAUAGCGAUGAUGGUAUAUUUCGAAUUCUGUACGAAGAGGUUGACGAAAGUGAUGUGCUGUUGUUCAAGUUUCCAUCAUCACAACCGGUUGGCAUUGAUUAUGAAGAGUAUCGGUUUCCCCGUGCAGGUUCACCAAAUGCCAAAUCAAAAUUGAAAUUAGUUCAAUUCGAACUGUCGGAAACGCUUCAAAUCGAAAAUGUUUGCAUAAAAGACCUACAACAUCCGCUCACCUAUCAUAUACCUUGGUUGGAAUACAUUGUACGCGUUGGUUGGAUGCCAGAUUCACAGCAUAUAUGGGCACAAUUGUUAAAUCGUCAACAGAAUCGUUUGGAUUUAAUUGUGAUACCGUUGAAAAAUUUCUCCGAUGUUUGCAACAGCAACAGUAAUAGCACAGAAACAACAUCACCGAAUGGUUCGGCCAUCGUGGAGCAUAGCUGGCAAUCCAGCCUAACCAAACAAUCGGCACCGAUUCAAGUAAUUUGGUCACAAGUAGCAAGUACCUGGAUAAAUGUUAACGACAUACUCGAAUUCAUUGAAGUAACUGACACACAAGUCACAUUUAUUUGGGCAUCGGAAGAAACUGGCUUCAGACAUUUGUAUUUGGUGACAUCACUUUUACAACAGCAGCAGCAGCAGUCAGAAUCGAAUCAAUCCAAAAAUGGAAUGGUGAACAGCGGUGACAAUAUGAAACAAGCGCUAUGGGAACCAUGUAUUAUUUCGAAAGUAGCGCUCACCUCAGGCGAAUGGGAAGUGUUGGGUCGCAAUUUAUGGUACGAUCGUAAAAAGAAAUUAGUGUAUUUUUUAGGUUUACGUGAAACACCGUUGGAGAAACAUUUGUAUGUGGUUAGCCUAUCACAACCGAAUCAUAUUCGUUUGCUUACGAAACCAGGAAAUUCGUAUGCAGUUGAAUUCAACGAUGAGUGCAACAUUAUUGUGCAAACAUAUUGCAAUAUUCAUCAAUUGCCCACGUGUGGUGUAUUUGAAGUUUGUGAUACAAAUGAUAUGCAAGGCGAAAUCGUUGAAAACAUUGAACUACGAUUACUUGGAUACCUAUUUGAGGGUGGCAUUCCAAGUACGGUACAAUUACAGAAAUUCAGUCCAUCCAUUUAUAGUCGACAAUUACAGUCAGGCGAACAAAUAUAUGCAAUGGUAUUUAAACCACACAACUAUAAACCGGGUCAACGAUAUCCAACCGUCGUAAACGUAUACGGGGGACCAGAAGUCCAAACGGUUAACAAUACAUUUAAGGGAAUGCGUCAGUUGAGAAUGCACAUGUUGGCCGCACAAGGUUAUUGCGUUGUUUGCAUCGAUUCAAGAGGAUCGAGGCAUCGGGGAGUUGAAUUUGAAUCUCAUUUAUGGCGACGCAUGGGCUCUGUUGAACUAGCAGAUCAAGUUGAAAUACUGACACGUUUGGUGAAUGACUUGGGAUACAUUGAUAUUGACCGUGUGGCUAUACAUGGUUGGUCAUACGGAGGUUAUCUAAGUUUGAUGGGAUUAAUUCAGUAUCCAUCCAUUUUCAAAUUGGCCAUUGCCGGAGCGCCAGUGACCAACUGGGAAUUGUAUGACACGGGCUACACUGAACGCUACAUGGAUUUGCCAGAACAUAACAAAGAGGGCUAUGCAAACGGUUCGGUAUUGAGCUAUAUUAAUCAAUUUCCAGACGACGAUAAUCGACUGUUGAUCAUUCAUGGUUUAAUCGAUGAAAAUGUACAUUUCUAUCACACAUCUGAGCUUAUCAAUCUCCUCAUCAAAGCCAAUAAACCGUAUCAACUGCAAGUUUAUCCACGUGAACGGCACUCGCUGCGUAAUUUGGAAGCGAGCAAACACUAUGAGACGACAUUACUUUCGUUUCUGCAAAAUAAUUUAUAAAUCCAUUUAUAUAUCUUUUCACACUAAUCAGCGCCUUAUUUACACGUUAUGUGCUAUCGUUUUACCCUUUAUAUAUAUUGCCUUCGUUCUAUAGACAUGCAUACGAGAUUUAAAUACAGCUCAAUCAUUUUAUUUUAAACUAAGUUCACAAUAAUCGCUAAUAUUUUCUCAAAUUAUUUCACUUUUAAAAUUCGAACAUCAUCUUCAUUUAACGUUAAAAUAACUUCCUUUAGUUUAGAUAUUAAAUAUUCGUAAAAAAAGCAAUACUGUGCAAAAAUGACACAAAUGUUGAUAAGAAUUUUUUUUCUUUUUAAACUUUUUCUGUGAGUUGAUUUUGUUCGCGUCUUUAAAAAAAAUCUCGAUUGUUGACCUGAGGUGUAGUGUGUUAGAUUUUUUCAGCCCAAUAAGUAAGAUAAAUAACAUGUAUUGAAAGAAUAAAAUAUAAAAAAAAUAUUAGGGAAUAGCUUUUUGAAAAAUUGAAGCGGGAUUGUUCUUUUUUUCAAUUAAAAAGAAGUAUGAUGAAGACAGUAAUUAUUUAUUGAAGAAAACAAAUAAAACGAUUUGAUCGGAGAGUCCAAAGUUCACAUAUACUACAAACCAUGUAUUCAAUAUAUUUCGGAACAAAUACAAUAAACUCCAUUUCUAUAUUUUGCGUUUGAGAGAAA